UGUAGUAGCUCCGAGUUACCACCUCUUUAUUACUUUCACGAGCUAAUAGGUGAGGUGACUGUUACCUUCUGUACUCGAAGGAGGCUCAGAGAAGCAGACAGAAGUGUCGAAGUCCCAAAUUCCCAAUUCCGCCAACUUUGCGGCCAUUGAUCCGCGGGAGUUCGGAGUUGGACAUCAAAGGUCCGUGCUCCUUCUACUGCGACUUGCCAGCGGGAGCCGCGUCCCCGAGCAUGGAGCGGAGGAGCGAGAGCCCCUGCCUGCGGGACAGCCCCGACAGAGGCAGCGGCAGCCCCGAUGUCAAAGGGCCCCCCCCCGGGAAGGUGGCCAGGCUGGAGCAGAACGGCAGCCCCAUGGGCACGCGCGGGAGGCCCAACGGCGCCGUCGCCAAGCCCGUGGGAGGUUUGAUGAUUCCAGUCUUUUGUGUGGUGGAGCAGUCGGAUGCCUCUCUUGAAUAUGAUAAUCGAGAAGAGCAUGCUGAGUUCGUUCUGGUUCGCAAAGAUGUGCUCUUUAGCCAGCUGGUGGAGACAGCGCUCCUGGCUCUGGGGUAUUCCCACAGCUCUGCGGCUCAGGCACAAGGAAUUAUCAAGCUUGGGAGGUGGAAUCCCCUCCCUCUCAGUUAUGUGACCGAUGCACCAGAUGCAACAGUAGCUGACAUGCUACAAGAUGUCUAUCAUGUUGUGACAUUGAAAAUCCAAUUACAAAGUUGUUCCAAGUUGGAAGACUUGCCAGCAGAGCAGUGGAACCAUGCCACAGUUCGCAAUGCCUUAAAGGAACUGCUCAAAGAGAUGAAUCAGAGCACAUUAGCCAAAGAAUGCCCUCUUUCACAGAGUAUGAUUUCAUCCAUUGUAAAUAGCACAUACUAUGCCAAUGUGUCAGCAACCAAGUGCCAGGAGUUUGGGAGAUGGUAUAAGAAGUACAAGAAGAUUAAAGUGGAAAGAGUGGAAAGAGAAAACCUUUCAGACUAUUGUGUUCUUGGUCAACGUCCCAUGCACUUACCAAAUAUCAACCAACUGGCAACUUUGGGAAAAACUAACGAACAGUCUCCUCAUGGCCAAAUUCACCACAGUACUCCAAUCCGAAACCAAGUGCCAACGAUGCAGACAAUGAUAAACCCUGGGCUCCUGUCUCCUCAGCUCAGUCCACAACUGGUGAGGCAGCAGAUAGCAAUGGCCCAUCUGAUAAACCAACAGAUUGCCGUCAGCCGGCUACUGGCUCACCAGCACCCACAGGCUAUCAACCAGCAGUUCUUGAAUCAUCCACCCAUCCCUAGAGCUGUCAAACCAGAGCCAUCAAAUUCAUCGGUGGAAGUCUCUCCAGAUAUUUACCAGCAAGUCAGAGAUGAGCUGAAGAGAGCCAGUGUAUCUCAAGCUGUCUUUGCAAGAGUAGCGUUCAACCGCACACAGGGCUUGUUGUCUGAGAUCCUGCGUAAAGAAGAAGACCCCAGGACAGCUUCCCAGUCCCUCCUGGUAAACUUAAGGGCGAUGCAGAAUUUCCUCAACUUGCCAGACUCAGAACGGGAUCGAAUCUAUCAGGAUGAGAGAGAGAGAAGCAUGAAUCCUAAUGUGAGCAUGGUGUCUUCAGCAGCCAGCAGCCCAAGCUCCUCUAGAACUCCCCAGGCCAAAACCUCGACACCAACAACAGACCUCCCCAUUAAGGCGGACGGCGCCAACGUCAACAUCACAGCUGCCAUUUAUGACGAGAUCCAACAGGAGAUGAAAAGGGCCAAGGUAUCUCAAGCUCUGUUUGCCAAGGUGGCUGCCAAUAAAAGUCAGGGCUGGCUGUGCGAGCUACUUCGCUGGAAAGAAAACCCAAGUCCAGAAAACCGCACCCUCUGGGAGAACCUCUGCACCAUUCGCCGCUUCCUGAAUCUUCCUCAGCAUGAGAGGGAUGUGAUCUAUGAGGAGGAGUCCAGACAUCACCACAGUGAGCGUAUGCAGCAUGUUGUCCAGCUCACUCCCGAGCCUGUACAGGUGCUGCACAGACAGCAGUCCCAGCCUGCAAAGGAGAGUUCCCCACCCAGAGAAGAGGCUCCUCCUCCACCCACUGAGGACAGUUGCACCAAAAAGCCCAGAUCCCGCACCAAGAUAUCCCUGGAAGCUCUAGGUAUCCUUCAAAGCUUUAUCCAUGAUGUAGGUCUCUACCCUGAUCAGGAAGCCAUUCAUACCCUCUCUGCUCAGCUGGAUCUCCCCAAACACACCAUCAUCAAAUUUUUCCAGAACCAACGUUACCACGUAAAGCACCAUGGGAAGCUAAAAGAGCAUUUGGGAACGGUGGUUGAUGUGGCAGAGUACAAGGAUGAGGAGCUGCUGACAGAGUCGGAGGAGAACGACAGCGAGGAGGGCUCAGAAGAGAUGUACAAAGUGGAGCCUGAGGAGGAAAACCCCGACAAAAGCAAGGCAGCUCCAGCAGACAUCGACCAGAGAUAAUGUGAGAUAGGAACACAGAAAGCAAUACAGUGAUCCAAGGAUGUUGUUUCUGUUUUUUUUUUUUUCCUUCCUCUUUUUACUUUUUGUUUGUUUCUGUUGCACAUGAUCCAUGUGCAAAAUGAAUGAAUUCAGCAUUGCCCACUCAGACAUCGCCUUGACACAGACACUUGAGUGUUAUACAUCCUACAUGUGACUGAAGUAAUCAUUGUAAUCACAUAGGAUUAUGCCUUCAUUAAUCUUGCACUUAUGAAAGGGACAUCUAGCAAGUAAAUGGGAAGAAAAAGUCCUAUGAAAUCAAUGAAGGAAAAAUUACAACUUUGUGUGUGUAUAUAUAUAUAUUUACAUAAAAUAUAUAUAUAUUAAAAUUGCAUGGGACGGAACUUUACAACCUGGAAGUACAGACUGUGAAAUGAGUUCUUUAAAGAUGAGACUUGUUUAUGUAUUAAAACCACUUCACAAUGAGUUGCUUUGGCUUUUUGAUAAACUGCCGCCUGCUCUCA